AAAGGAAGAAGCUUGAGAGACAGAUGUUAACCUACGUUUAGUCUAACAACAUUCUGAUAAAACACAAGAUGAAUUCUGAAUUAAAAAAACAGUUGAACAUCAUUGUUUUAGGAAUAGCAUUCAUGUUUAUGUUCACUGCUUUCCAAACAUGUGGAAAUAUAGCGCAAACGAUUAUUACAAAUUUAAACCAUACUGAUUUUCAUGGGAGUGGCUACACAAGUAUGGCUGUUAUUUAUGGAGUGUUUUCAGCAUCAAAUAUAAUUUCACCUUCGGUGGUUGCAGUCAUAGGACCACAACUUUCCAUGUUCAUUAGUGGUAUCUUCUAUAGCUUAUAUAUUGCCAUUUUUAUCCAGCCUAUUACUUGGAGUUUCUACACAGCCUCAGUUUUCCUUGGAAUAGCAGCUGCUGUACUGUGGACUGCUCAAGGAAAUUGCCUAACAAUAAAUUCAAAUGAAAACACAAUUGGCAGAAACAGUGGAAUUUUCUGGGCAUUAUUGCAAUCCAGCUUGUUUUUUGGAAAUCUCUACAUAUAUUUUGCUUGGCAAGGGAAAACUUACAUAUCAGAAAGCGAUCGUAGGACUGUCUUCAUCUCUCUGACAGUGAUCAGUCUAGUGGGCACCGUUUUGUUUUUUCUCAUUAGAACUCCAGAAGAAACAAAUUCAGAAGAAGAGGAAACCACUACUGAAAAUACUGUAGCUAGCAUGUCUGGCCAAAGCAAAAUAUCAAGGGCCAAGGAUGCAAUAAAAAGAUCGUUCAAGUUGUGUGCUACAAAACAGAUUUUGCUACUUAGUGUCACAACAGCCUACACAGGGCUGGAAUUAACAUUCUUCUCUGGAGUAUAUGGAACUUGCAUAGGUGCUAUAAAGAAAUUUGGCGCCGAAGAAAAAAGUCUUAUCGGACUCUCUGGUAUUUUCAUUGGCAUUGGAGAGAUAUUAGGGGGAGGAAUCUUUGGCCUCCUAAGUAAGAACAACAGAUUUGGCAGGAAUCCAGUGGUGAUGUUGGGCAUUGUAGUCCAUUUCAUAGCUUUCUAUUUGAUUUUUUGUAAUAUACCAAAUGAUGCACCUAUUGCCUCUAUGGAAGGAACAGAUAACAUUGCAUUCAUGGAACCAAGCAAAGAACUGGCCAUUUUUUGCAGUUUCUUACUGGGCUUUGGAGAUAGCUGUUUCAACACUCAACUCCUUAGUAUUUUGGGAUUCUUGUAUUCUGAAGACAGUGCACCUGCCUUUGCAAUAUUUAAAUUCAUUCAGUCUAUCUGUGCAGCUGUGGCUUUCUUCUACAGCAACUAUUUGUUUCUUCAGUGGCAACUUCUAAUAAUGGCAAUCGUUGGAUUUUUUGGGACAAUUACGUUUUUCACAGUGGAGUGGGAAGCAGCAGCCAGAAGUAUAGGUUAUCGCAACAUUUGAUAAGUGCAGUGUGGUCAUCCUGAGGCAGUAGUCACCUUUCCAAACCACAAGUUGAUUGGAAAGAUUAUGGAAUACAGAUAUAUUUAAAACCACAGUUCUAAAUGGUUUUAUUCCCUUAUCAAUCAGUAGUGAUGGAGAUCACAGACUACAAUGUGGGAAAAAAAAACCCC